GCAGCAGAGAGUGGGGUUGUGCUGAGCAUGACGGGGAGGUUGUAGUCUUUAGCAGUGUGGCCUCACAUGUUAGCUACAUGAAUAGUGUAGCAUAGUAGCUCACUGUCAUUGAGGUACAAAAACUGUAUUUUUCAAGGGAAUGUAAAUUGCAUAUUUUUUUUGUGAAAAGAUACAGAAAGCGUGAAUGUGCUCGGUUGUUAGUUUUUCCUUUUAAAACCGGAUAACCUUCACUCGUGUGGAUAUUAGACGCAUCCACGAGUCUUAAGACUACAUUGGAUAAAAGUUGGUAUUUCUUCAGCUCCAAAUGGAUAGAAAUACAAGAAAACUUCGGAAUCAGGACAUAAACCCAUGCAUUGAAGAGAGUGAUGCCUCCCAGAAGUGUCUGGAUGCCUACAACUAUGAUAAGCGCAUGUGUUCAGCAUAUUUCCAGAGCUAUAAGAACUGCAGGAAAUACUGGCACAACAUAAUGGUGCAGAGGAGACGAGACGGUGUGAAACCAGACAUGCCGACUGCUGCAGAGAGGCGCGAGCAGCUAGGUGCUAUUGGAGGCAAACCGUACUGAGAGUCAGCCGGAUCACGCAGAGACACUACAACCACAGCAGGCGCAGGAUGUUUGCUAUUGGUUAACUCAUUGUGGUGAUGCCGCUACACUGCAUUGGCCGGGUGUUCACUGGGAUGGAAGGCCUGAAACUCAGGCAUGUGGAGAUGACCAUUAGAAGCUGCACUAUGAUGAAAAGGACAAGAUAUCAGAAUUACUGUGUAUACGUGUACCCUGCAUGAACUGAAGAAUUACAGAUUAAUAUAUUCAUGUGCA